AUGCGGCAACAAAUGCAAUGCUGCUACACAAACGCCCAAGGGCUUUACUCCAAGUUGCCGGAAUUGCGCCAUCGGCAUGAAGCAGCAACUUGGGACAUCAUAGCAUUAACUGAAACCUGGCUCUCAAACGAGAUUUUGGAUCCAGAAAUUGAACUUAGUGAAAUGUCAGUCAUUCGAAAUGAUCGUCCAUCUCGCGGUGGUGGCGUUGCUAUCUACUACCGAGAUCACCUGAAAUGUGAAGCUCUCACUGAGCAUUCCCUUAUUAUCCCCGACGCCUUAUUUUGCCGGCUGCAGCUAUCCGGUCCCGAUGGUUGUCCUCAGAAGAAGACACAUGAUGCUUGCCUCAUAGCAGUUGUCUACAGGCCGCCGAACUCCUCCGCCGACAGCGAUGAUAUUCUGUUAAAUGCUCUCCAAUAUGCUAUGUCGAAAAAGUACUCACACUACCUAAUAAUGGGUGACUUCAAUGUACCGUCAAUAGCAUCUGUGUUCCCAAGUGGGCCAUGCUUCAAAUCAAAACUCCUUGAGUUCUUGACUAUGGCAGUUUUGUAUAACCAUGUGGAUCAACCAACCAGACACCGCGGUUCAAACAAGCCUUCAAUACUUGAUUUAAUCCUGACUAAUGAGGAGUUAAUGGUUGAGUCGGUUUCAUACAACCCCCGCUAG